AUCACUCUCGGACACGAUUAUUCCCCUCCAAAAAUUUCUCCUUUUAUAUUUUUUCACCUCUAUUUCCUUCUCCUUCUUGAUCUUCCACCUUUCUCUCUAAACCUCCAAACUUUUCUCUCUUUUCUCUACUUCACUUCAAAACCCCUCAACCCAAUUUCCACAUUCCACUCUUACUCCAAAAACUCUCCACACCAAAACAAAAAUUAAACCAAUUUUCUUUGUUCUUCGGUAACAAGAGAAUCUAAUCAUGGCUCUGUCACGCAUAGCAUCAUCAUCUCAUGCAUCCAACCUCCUUAAACCCCUUUCCGCCGCCUUAUCCAUCCGCCGCCUUAUCUCCUCCGACUCCACCGAUCCCCUCACCAUCGAAACCUCUCUUCCAUUCAUCUCCCAUAAAUGCGACGCGCCCCCACGCGCCGUCGAUACCUCCGCCUCGGAGCUCUUCUCCUUCUUCCGGGACAUGGCCACCAUGCGCCGCAUGGAGAUCGCCGCCGACUCACUCUACAAGGCCAAGCUCAUCCGCGGCUUCUGCCACCUUUACGACGGUCAGGAGGCUGUGGCCAUCGGCAUGGAGGCCGCCAUCACCAAGAAGGACGCCAUCAUCACCGCCUACCGCGACCACUGCACCUUUAUUGGCCGCGGAGGCACGCUCCUCGAGGUCUUCGGCGAGCUCAUGGGCCGCAUCUGCGGCGGCUCCAAGGGCAAGGGCGGCUCCAUGCACUUCUACCGCAAGCAGACCAAUUUUUUCGGUGGCCAUGGCAUCGUCGGAGCUCAGAUUCCGCUUGGAUGUGGGUUGGCGUUUGCUCAGAGGUACUCCAAGGAAGAGAAUGUGACAUUUACCUUGUAUGGUGAUGGUGCUGCCAACCAGGGCCAAUUGUUUGAGGCGCUUAAUAUGGCAGCGCUUUGGGACCUACCUGCGAUCUUGGUCUGCGAGAAUAACCAUUAUGGGAUGGGAACAGCAGAGUGGAGGGCUGCUAAAAACCCUGCUUAUUACAAGCGUGGAGAUUAUGUUCCUGGGUUGAAGGUUGAUGGCAUGGAUGUUCUUGCUGUGAAACAAGCUUGCAAGUUUGCAAAGGAGAAUGCUUUGAAAAAUGGGCCCCUUAUUCUUGAAAUGGACACCUAUAGAUACCACGGGCACUCUAUGUCUGAUCCUGGUAGCACAUACCGUACACGUGAUGAGAUUUCCGGUGUGAGACAGGAGCGUGAUCCAAUUGAGAGAGUAAGGAAGCUAUUAUUGGCUCAUGACAUUGCUUCUGAGAAGGAGCUAAAGGACAUCGAGAAACAAGUCAGAAAAGAUGUCGAUGAUGCCAUCGCUAAAGCAAAGGAAUGCCCAAUGCCAGACCCAUCUGAACUAUUUACCAAUGUAUAUGUUAAGGGUUUAGGAGUUGAGUCAUUUGGUGCUGAUAGGAAAGAAGUGAGAGCUACUUUGCCGUGAUCAAUAACAUCACUUUGCGAGUUGAGUAUGUUACUAUCUUAGUAUCAGACUACCAAUCAAAAUAAAAGGAUGUCAUGUUAACAGGUUACUUCUCUGCCUAUUGGUUGAGUUCUCUCCAUUAUGUAUAGGAAUUUUACUCGAGUAGCAAUGGGGAAGAAAUUCAUACUUUUGUGCAUGUAAUUUUGGAUGAACCAACCAAUGGCUAUAUAGCAUUAUGCAACUGAUGUUGCUGCAAAUUUGAGGAAAUAAUUGUGCACAACUCCUCCCAACACUUGUCUUUUUCACUAAUUGGUGGCAAGUUUUUGCCAUUAUAGUUAAUACUUAGUAGGUUGUGUUUAUAAUCUAAACCUUUGAUUUUGAUAAUGUGGUAAAUUUGGUGUGUUUACUUAUUGUAAGUCUCACAUUGCUGGAAGAUCUAGUUAUGUUGAUAGUCAUUAUAAGCAAAGUUAUUAAA